AUGAACAAUUCAUUAAUUUCUCAAGUACUAACAGAAACAGAAAUAAUUGAACUUGGUUUAAAUAAUAGUUUAAUGAAAACUUGUUCUUGUCCUUUUAUUUUAAAUAAGAAAUAUUUUAUAAAAAUUUGUAUAUCUUAUUUAUUAAUUAUUUUUUUAUUUUUUUCAGUUUACAUUACUAUUAUUAUAUUAUUAUUAAAUAGUAAUAAAACUGGAUUAACUAAACCAAUAUCAUUGAUAAUAUAUAUUUACAUAUUUGUUUUUUUUUACGUUGAUAUAUUUAUAAGUAAUAUUAUUAAGUAUGAUUUAGUAAAAAAAUACAACUUAAAAGAGAUUAGAAAAAGAAUUUAUGAAAAUUUUCUUACUUCACAAAAAACUGAUAGUUUAAAAAAAAAUAAAAACGGAAAAGAUAAAAAAAAGAGUGAAAAUAAAUAUAAAGCUAAAAAUGAAGGAGAAAAAUUAUUUUCUAGUGAAAAGUACUAUGUCACUAAUAUGGAAGAAAAUGAAAAUGUUUCGAUAAAUGAAACGAAAGUAUUUGAAGAAAGGAACUAUUGUUUAGACGAAUUAAAGAAUAUAAACGAUUUUAUUAAUGUUGAAUUAUUAAAAUAUAUUCAAUAUGAAAAUAACAAUUACACAAUUAAUAAUAGUAAAUUUGAUAUUUUUUUAACAAUAUCAGGGUUAAUUAAUCAAUUAAAUAUUUUUUGUGAUUUACUGUUCUUAUUUUAUUUAUAUGAUUUUAGCAAAAAUUUAUUUAUUGUUAGUUUAUUUAUUUACAUAUAUUAUUUGAUUCAUUUUUUUGUUAUAAUAAAAUUUUCAAUAAUUAUUAUUCAAUCAUUGAUAAAAAUAUAUAAAAAAUCUUUUUCAAAUUCGCUUAAAAAGACAUCAUUUUAUAUAAAAGAUUUUCUAUCUUCUUCUUAUCAUAGUGUACAAGAAACAUUAAAAAAUUUUUUACAAACUUUAACAUUAAGAGAAAACCAUGAAACUUUAAAUGAAAAUAAAUCAAAUAUAUUUUUGAAUAAAUAUACAAAUUACAAUAGUUGGUGUUUUUUUUAUAAAGAGGAUUAUCAUAAUGAUUAUGAAAUAAAAAAAUUUCAAAUGAAAUAUGAUUCGAUUAAUAAAUAUAGCGAAAAAAAAAAAAAAAAUAUUAUUAAAAUAAAAAUAAAGAAAAAUAGAAACAAUAAUAAAAUAAAUUAUGAAAAAGCCUUAAUGCCUUCAUAUGUGCAAUUUAUAGCUAAUACGUCCUAUUUUUUAUCCUUCUUUCAUAUACUUAAUAUAAUGAAAGUUAAAUUUUUAUCAGCUCAUAAUAUUUAUUCUCAUAUUAGUUUUACAAUAGUGUUUUUUGUAUGGAAAUUACUAUAUAUGGACGUUGUGUUAUGUCUUUUAAAAUUUUUUAUCUUAUUUUAUACCGAUGAUAACUUAAUUGUAGCUAUGUUUUUACUUAUUUCCAUAAUUAACAUUUUAAAUUCUUAUUUAAUAAACUUAUUAGAUCAUAAUUUAUUAAAUGAUAUUAAUAUAAAUUAA